AUGGCCCGCACCGCGACCGUCGCCGCCCCCCGCGCCCCCGGGCUCCUCCGGGCCACGCUGCUGCUCCUGCUCCUGGUCGCCGCCUGCCGGCACGCUGCAGGGGCGCCCGUGGCUAGUGAACUGCGCUGCCAGUGCUUGCAGACCAAGCAGGGAGUUCAUCCCAAAAUCAUCCAGAGUGUGGAGGUGACACUCCCAGGACCCCACUGCUCCCAAAUCGAAGUCAUAGCCAUUCUCAAGGAUGGGCAGGAAGUUUGUCUCAACCCAGCAGCGCCUGUGGUUAAGAUAUUCCUGGAUAAGGUGCUGAAGAAGGACAGCUCCAACUGACCAGAGGAAGCAGGAAGCUGAUUGGUGGCUGUUUCUGAAGCAGGCACUGCCCUACAGAAAUCAUAGAAGAAAAAGAAGAAUCAUGAGCUCCCAAAGCCACCUGGAUUGGGCUUAAUAUGUUUGAGUA